GUGACAUUUGAUGACUUCAAGGAAGGAUUUGUGGCUGUGCUUUCUCAAGCAAUUGAACAGUUAUCCUCCAGUGAGGAUGAAGAACAACCAUCUGAUUCUGUUACAGAACCACCCAAGCUAGUGGUGAACGAGAAACGUUAUGGAAGAUGGUCACGACCAGAGGCAUCUUACUCUGAAGAUUUGUACUCUGCUGAUGAUGAGAGCAUGAUCGAAAGUCAGCCAGAGAGCCGCAUGAGUGAUGCUCACGUCACUUCAGAGCCAGAUCGUGUUGAGAGCCCCACAAGAGAGGAGAAACCAAGGUUAAAAAGAAGACUAUCAAGCAGAAAGAGUAGUCUGAGGAACAGCAUACGUCGCCAUAAUUCCAAACAGAGGAAGUCUCGUGAGGACUCGAUCAUAGCCAGUGACUCUGAUGUGUUGGAGGGGAAUGGACUUUUAAGUUCUCCACAGCCUAAUUCAGGGUAUGAAUCACCAACUGAAGAAGAACAGCUGAGAGCUAUCUGGACUGAAGUGAAUGUUGGUGCAAAUGGUUACUUGGACAGACAUGAAUUGUCUGUGGUGUGUGAUCACAUUGGCAUGGACUCCAUGAAUGAACAGGAGCUGGCUCUCCUGUUUGAGGAGCUGGAUGAUGAUGGUGAUGGCCAAGUGAGCUUCAAUGAGUUCCUACAUGGGUUGUUUGUGGCUAAAGACAUCCAACAGUCGGACAUAGAACCUGAAUGGGAACAAAAACAGCAGUCCACACCUUACAAUCAAGCACCAGCAGAAGAUUUUACUACUAAAGGUCAGAGGAGAUCUCUGAACAAUGAUGACUCGUUUUUUCUCUCCAGAACUGGAGGAAGUAGUUCAUCAUUUGAUCUGUUUUCUCUGCUGGACCCAGAAAGAACGGGUUUUGCUAAAAAAGAAGACAUCGUCGAUUUCUGGAUGGCCCAGGGAUUGAACGAAGCUAUCCCAUUGUUACAGCAUCUAGAUGCAGAUGCGGAGGGCAAAGUGAGUCUUCAUCAGCUCACAAACUUACUGGAAUCUGUCGUGGACGAGCAGAGUGAUGGCUUACCAAAAGCUAUAGUGAAUAUCUACAAACACGAAGUUGUCCAUUUAAAGUCUCAAGUGGAGUCGGUCGCCGCCGAGCGAGAUGCCCUCAAGGAGAACUUGGUCAAAUACACGGAAGAGAAAGAAAUGCUUAUUGUUGAAAGCGAGGACACAGCACAGAAAUUAGAGAAACUACAUGAAACAAAAAUGAGGGAUCAAGAGUCACACUACACGGAGAAAAUUCAGAACUUACAACAAACGUUAACUGAGGACCGAGAUAAACUUGUGCUGAACGCAAAUCAACAGAAAUCUAUGUUGGAGGAGUCACUUCAUAAUACCAAGACUGAAGAACAGCGAUUAAGGACUAAACUCGCUGAGGCCGAGGAGGAGAUCUUACGGCUGGAGAAGACGCUAUCAGAUGCUCAGGAAAAACUUAUCGAGUCAGAAAACAACCGGGAGAAACUGGAGAAGGAAUUGGAAUCCAUGUCUGAUCUAUCACACAGGCUUGCUGAAGUCGAGAAGCAACAGCUUCUAAAACAGCAGCAGAAUGAGAAAAACAGCAAAACCGUGAGGGAAUUGGAACGUAUAAAUAGGGAACUUAGAGACGAGAACGAUGAACUGCGUCUUCAGUGCGAAGCUCUUACGCAGCAAGUUAACAGUUCGGUGAAACGACGACACAGUCAUCGGAAACGACAGGACAGCCAAAAAGUACAUCGGCAUGGUUCGGUACUCUCCGAUUACACGAAACCCGUAGUUAUUAAACGGAAAAAAGAGGGGGCAACGGAGGGUGCGACAUCGUCGGAAGAGUCGGAUACCGCUGACCAGCCGGACGGUCAGUUUACCGAUGAUGAUGCUCCUCCUUUGUCGUGGUCAGUAGAAGUCGACGAAGAAAUCAUCGUUACUAAUGCUAAAGAUGACUCCCCUGAACUGCAAGAACAACGCAAAGUUAUUGAGAGAUUGGAGGGUGAAUUGAAAGAAAAAGAGGAACAGAUCAAUACGCAUAAAGCUAGAGUAGAAGAACAAGAAUCGUCGAUCAGUGAGAAAGAAAAGUUGCUGUCCGAUCAGAAAAUCGCAUUAACAGAGUUCCAAGGAAAGGUGGAAGAGCUUGGUGAUAAGGUCAAGGAUCAGGAGGCCCAGCUGAAGGCAAAAGAAACUUCCAUUCAAGAUCUGAGGAACGAAAUUGAGGGUUUGACGGGUUCUCUUACCUCUGAGAGUUACGAAACAAAGCAGAGGUAUGAUACCGAGCUGGCAAACCUCACAGCGCAGUUUACCGGAGAGAUGGAAGGACUGCAGAAAAGUUUUCACCUGGAGAAAGAGCAGUUGGAGAAGGAGUAUCAAGAUAAGAUGAAGGAUUUAGAACGGUCGCUUAGAAGCGAGCAGGAAAGCCUCAAGAAAGAGCUGGAGAGCGGAUUCAGGCAAGAACGGGAGCUGCUGAUAUCGGAAUACGAGAGCGAGAAAUCUGAAAUGGAAGAAGAGCACAGAGGAGAGAAAGAAAUGCUGGAGAGGCUGUUCAAGGGAGAGCUAGACAAGGAGAAGGAGAAAAUGGAAACGGAGGAGAAACGACUCAUAGAAAAGCUUCAAACCAUCGAGGCAGAAAAAACUGAGGUAGAGUUGAAGUUGAUGAACGAGAAGGCAGAACUGGAGCAGCAGUUUAGAAUAGAUAAGGUGGAAUGGGAGCUGCAGAAUAACACCAAAGUAGCUGCCUUGGAAAAGAACCAGCAUGAGUGGACAAUGUUACGAUCUGAACUUGAGAGCGCUCAUCAACAGCAGAUUAGUGUGCUGGAGAAUAAGUUUAAAAAGGAGAAAUCUAAGAUGGAGGAAGAAUACACCAACGAGACAUGGGAGAUUAAGCAGGCUCAUGCCAAGGAAGUAGCGAGUCUGAAGCAAAGCUUUGUCGAGCAAAAAGCAGAAAUCGAGCAGAAGUUUGCCCGUGAAAAAGCUGAACUGCGAGAAUCUUUUACCCGUGAGAGAAAUGAACUUGAACAAAGAUUUGCCCGGGAGAAGGUUGAUUUGAAGGAGAAUCUCGAAAAUGAACAUAAUCACGCACUGGCUCUGAAAGAAGCUGAAUUGAAAAAUGGCUUCCUGAAGGAAAAAGCAGCUUUAGAGAAGCAAUUCGACGAGGAACGCGCGAAAAUCGAGGAAGGCUUCCACGAAAAUUCGACUCACAGCGAAUUAACUUUCCAAAAGUGGAAAGCUGAAAUCGAAGAACAUCACACCGAAGAAAAGGCCAAGCUUUUACAGAACUCGUCUCGAGAGAAGGUUGAAUUAGAAGCGCGUUAUAAAGAUCAAAUAACCGAGUUGCAGCAAGCCUUCACCGAUGGCGAGGCUGGUCUGAAAGGACAGCUGAAAAACGAUUUCUUGUGUUUGUUGGCGACUCAUAAGGCAGAAUUAGAAGAGAGUUUUGCUACACAGAAAGCACAGCUGGAGGAAAGCUACCUACGGGAAAAACAGGAAUUCCAAAAGAGUGGAACGGUAGGCUUGCAGGAACUACGAGAAACUUACUCCAGCGAGCGAAACGAACUUGAAGAGAGUUACCAGAGGAAAAUCAAAGACCUUCAAAAAAAUAACGCUCGCGAAAAACAAGAACUAGAGGACGAGUACGUGCAGGAGAAGAUUGAACUUCGCUCGCAUUUAGAAAGAGAAUACGCCACCAAACUGAAAACCGAAACCGGUCUUCUGGAACAAACCGUGAAACAUUUGCAAGAUGAGAUUAAUUUCCUCAAAGAGCAGAAACGAGAGCUGGAAGCUAAAGUUCAAACUCUUGAGCUCAAGACCUUAACUCGCAGUGACAAAGAAGUCGUAGAGCUGAAAAUGUCGCGCGAGAAAGUGGCCGAGCUUGAAAGCAAAGUGGAGUCGCUCGAAAAGGAGAAGGGACUCAUUUUGGAAAACAGUAUCAAGGAAAUUACGGAGCAGAAAGUGCAUCUCGACGAGCUUCAAAGGGAGAAAGCUGCUAUGGAAAAAGAAGCGUUAGAAAGAGAGAGAGAACUACUGGAAGCCGAAAAGGUAAAGGAAGAAGGAGAAGAAAACAAAAUGAAGGAACUUAAGCUUAAAACCGACGAAAUGGACGUGAUGUUAAAUCUACGAGUCGCCGAAGUGGAGGAUUUAGAAACGAAGCUUCGCGAGCAGAGCUCAGAAAACGAGAAACUGAAAGAAACUUGUGGAACUUUGGAGACCGAGCUUCAAGAGGCACGAUUGCGACUCCAAGAACUGAAGGUCGAUCUGAAUUUAAGUAAUUCGUCCAAAGAACAGCUCGAAGAGAAGUUAAAAGCAAGAGACUCGCAGUUGAAUGGCUUGGCUUCAACGGAGGCCGAGCUCAAAGACAUCAUGAACAAAAGUCAGGAAAUCGAGGACAUGCUGCGCAGUCGUGAUUUAGAAAACCAAGAGUUGAACAAGAAGCUCUUGGAUAACAGUGCUGAGCUGGAAAGUGAAAUGGCGGAGCUCCAAAGUGAUUUGAGAAAAUCCAUGGUCAAGAAUAAAGAGCUCGAUGCCUUGUUGACAAUGAAAGAAAAUGAAAACCAGACGUUGGAAAGAAAGGUCAACGAAUACAAUAAGCAAAAGACUGAGCUCGAGGAUAGGGCAUCGCAGCUGGCCAAUCAGCUCGCGGACGUGGAAACAACUCGACUUCAAGAACUGAACACGCGCUUGUCCCUUUGGGAGACUGAGAACAAAGAUUUGGAACAGCGGCUGAAUCAACGUAACAAGUACAACUUGGAGUUAGAGCAGAAGGUGAGACUGCUGACCAAAAAGAUGGCGGACAAGGAUGACGUCAGGGUGAAAGAGCUAGAACGCAUGCUCGCCGUGCGAGAAACUGCCUACCAGGCCCUCGAAGCAAGGCUCGAGUACCGUGUGGAAGAAACAGGCCAACUUGAGAAACAAGUCACUCAGCUGACCCAAAAGCUCGCAAACAUGGAAAACAUGCGGCAAAAAGAAUUUGAGGCUGAGAAGGCCAAAAAUGAUCUCAUCACCAUGGAAAAGAAGCUGCAAGAUAUCCAGGAAAAGAAACAAGUUGUAGAAAAAGUUCUUAAAGAAAAGAACGCCAAAGCGAAUAAUCUUCAAGAGGAGGUCUAUGUGUUAAAAGAGAGACUAGCUAAUGCGCAGGGAACUCACAAGAGAGAAUUGGAGACAGAAAAGCAGAAGGCGACUCUUGCGAAUACCGAAAUGACAACCAUAAAGUCUCGUCAUCAACGCGAAGUGGGCGAGCUGAAGGAACAACUUCAUCGAGCCAACUUGGCCAGCGAACGGGAUCAGGCUCUUAGGGAAAAAGUAUUCAAUGAGGCGAAAGCAGAGGUUAUGGCACUCAGCAAAAAGCUCGAAGAGAAGACUCAUAGACUGCGAGAACUUGAAAGUGCAAGUCAUAGGUGGGAAGGAAGGAUACGGCAGCUGGGAAAGGAGAAACUCGAACUGGAAACAAAAGUAAAACAAACUCGAGAAGCACUAGAUGAGCACGUGACGAGACUGAGUAAACAGCUUCAACAAUCUGAAAUCAGUGCCACACGUUCAGGUAACCUUGUUCAGGAACUUUACAUAGAAAACGCCAAACUUACCAAAGCUCUUCAACAAACAGAAGCCAACGAGAGAAAAGCUGAGAAGGCAAACAGGCAGCUUACAGAACAAAAGAAAGCCCUACAAAGGGUCAUCUCUAAGUUAUGUGGGGCCAAUCAGGGAUCAGCGGGUUGCGACAUCGACUUCAUUGUAUGGGGUAAGCCAGAGGAAGCCGAAGGAAACCAAACCAUUCUUCUAAUCCACCUUUGUCGGUUUUCGUUUUGCAAAACUGUGCUAAUUCUGAACUCGAACAAGGAGAAGGAAAACUUGGCAACCACGAUGUAUUUCAACAAAAGGAAAAUCAGAGAAAAUUCCAGUAUACCUCCUCAAACAAAUGAUGACAAGAAAGCUAUGUAUUCUGCAUUGGGAAUCCUAAAUAGCAAUUAUCCAAAAGCCGACACGAGCCAGAACACGGAGGAUUCCGCCUUUUCAAGACAUAAAAAUAGGCAGACCAUUCCUUCUGCAAGUGUACUCGAUAGCGGUCAUGUUGGAGGAAGCAACUCUGCUCGUGGAAUUGAAAGUGACGUACAAAGCAACGAAGCGGAUGGUGGCUUCAGAGAACACGAUAACAUGAACCAAAAUAGUAAUGACUCUGCAAAUUACAUCGAAAUGAAUGUUGUCAAAACUGGGAGUUUUGAGAACCUUGCCUGUUCUUUACCAACAGCUGAAGACAUCCAAAGUCGGCUCGGCAAGGCUCAAGGGAACAGUGAAGAAGCAUUUAAGGAAGAACUCUUGCGCUUGUUUGAGGUGUACUUCAAAAGCAAAAUGGAGGAACGUAUGCAUGGUUUUCGAAGCAGGCAAAUGGAGCGGGAAGAAGCUUCCCGAACAGAGAAAGAGAAACUUGGAAGUAAAAUGGCCAAAGAGAAGGAAGAAAUGCAGAAGCAAUUUGCAGAUGCAAUGUCCAAACUAACGCAUUCAUUCAGCGAGGAAAGAAAGCAUAUUGAGCAGUGUUACGAAGAUCAGGUGAAACAACUUAAAGAUAAGCUUGCACUGGUACAAAAGAGGGGUGAUGGAAAAUUUGAAAAAGAGAGAUUAGAGCUCAAGGAAAAGCUUGAAGCAGAAUAUCAAGUCAUGUUGACGAAGGAAGUGAUGUAUGAAAAACAAGAAGGACUGCGUGAAAGAUCAGAAAUGAAGGCAAGAUUUAACAAAGAGAAAUUUGAGCUCGAGAAGAGCUUAAACCAACAGUUGACUGAGGCUGAGACAAGUUUGCAAAAAGUUAGGAAUGAAUUGAAGGAGAGCAUGCGGAUGGAAAAGGAAAGUCAGGAAAGAAUAAUGGAGCUUGAAGUGAAGGUGAAGGAAGAGAGACAUCAGAAAUUAGACGUGGAAAGCGAAAUUGAUCAAAUUAAGGAGAAAUAUUCAAACACAGAGGCCCCAAACAAAGGGGAAAAUGAAAAACUUAGAAGCAAAAUCGAUGUACUUCGUGAGGAAAUUGAGAGUAAAAACAUCGAAAUAAAAAGGCUUCAAGAAGCGAAUCAAGAGAGUAACACCAAAAUACGAGCCUUAACACGUCACCUUCAAAAACGAGUGAAGAGGAACAGUGAAGUUAGUGUUAAGAGUCAAGAGUAUGAAGAAGGAAAAGACAGCGAAGACAAAUCUAGUGCAAACACAGCUCAAUCAAGUACAUGGAAUCAACAAGGAAGCCCGAGGGCGUUGGGUUCUCCUACUUUGGAAACUGAUAAGAUGAUAAAAGUUUACGACUCCAAGUUGCGAUUGACUCCUGACGAGCGCAAAAAAAUUUUGGUUUAUGUGACUUUCGAGAAACAACCUGAUCAAGGGGUUUAUAGGAUUUUAAACGCUAUUAUGCCAAAACAGCCUGUUUCUUCCACUGUUCGCGUUUUGAUGACCUCUGAUGAUGGAAAAGAAGAAGAAGUUAAUAAGCUUGAGGCUACCGCGAUGCAUUCAAACAGAAAUGAAAACAAGGUCAGUUUGAAAUCAAACAUUCCUGUUCUGCAGAGUAGUGGACGAACCCUGACGUAUUCGUCAUCGUCCUCAUCAGCCAAUAUAAGUAGCGACCACAACAAGGAACAAUGGUCAGGCUAUGGGGUAACAGAAGUUCAAAUGCAGAGCAGUAAAGAAGCAUUAUACCAUGGAUACGUCCCUGGGGGACGCCAGAUAACCUAUUCCGUAUCGGCAACAACAAACAGCCAUGUUGGAAGGAAAAUGGACUCUUGUGGAGUCAUUGACGAGAGCGAGCAGAAAACAAAGAGAUUUACCGGGGAAGGUCACCUUUUUGGACAGACAAUGGUUUACUCGUCAACUGGAGGUAUAACAAGCAGCCAGGCUGCAGGGAGACUUUACCGACAAGAUGGCAAUGAAGGUGGUAUGCGAACCAGCAAGGACAGUGGUUUUGGGGAGAAUGACAGUGUUAGUCAACUAAGCGGCGAGAUCGAUGGCUCAGUCACGGAGGAGUUUCCGAUCGAACUGAAUGAGAAUGAGGAAGAGGCCUUAAAAGAAGAGCUGCUGCACAUAUUUGAAAGAGAAAGAACAACACUGGAGGUUUUUUUCAAGAAAAAGAUGGAAGAAACUCUACGUGGAUUCAGGAGCAGACAGCUAGAGUGGGACGAGGCGACACGAGCUGAGAGAGCAGAGCUUGAGAAGAACGUUUCGAUGGAGAAGAUGGAAAUGCAGAAGAACUUCGCUGAAGAGAUUGACAAACUGACUCAGUCGUUUCGUGAAGAGAGACAACAGCUUGACCAGUAUUAUAAAGAGCAGUUACAAGAACUUCGGGAAAAACUAGGAACCGAGCAAGAACGAAUGGGGGAAAACUUUGCAAGAGAAAAAAUUGAGCUCAAGGAAAAAUUGGAGGCUGAAUAUCAAGUCAUGUUAGAGAGGGAAAUUUCUCACGUGAAACAAGAAGCGAUACGUGAAAAAUCAGAAGUGGAGCAACGCUUAAACAAUGAGAAAGGCGAAAUUGAGAGAAACUUCAAUCUUCGCUUCACUGAGGUCGAAAGUAAUUUGGAAAGAUCUAGAGUUGAAUUUGAAGCUAAUAUGACACAGGAAAGAAUUCGAAUGGAAAAAGAAUUCCGAGAAAAGAGUAAAGCGUUUGAGGACAGUUUGCAGGAAGAAAGGUUGUUGAGACUUGACAGAGAAAAAGAAUUAGAGCAAGAAAGAGAGAAAUCAGUCAACGGAGAAUCGAUGAGUAGGAACGAAAACGAACGCCUUCAAAAAGAAAUCGAGGUAUUACGCCUGGAAAUUGAGGAGAAAAACAGUGUGUGCGAAGAAAUAACGUUGUUUCAGGAAGCAAUCACUUUAAAAGGACGUGAAGGGCUUAGUGGCAAACUAAAGGAUGACUUUGAAAAACUGUUAGCAGAUCACAAAACGGAACUGGACAAGACGUUCCACAUCGAAAAAGAGGCGCUUGAUCAAAAAGUACAAUCCGAGAGACGAAAGAUACAGGAAGAGCUUGAUCAAGAAAAAGAGAAAAUCAAGGUGGAGAAGGAUGAAAUCGUCAAAACAAGAGAAAGACUACAGGUUGAGGGAAAAGGCCAAGUAGACAAUCUGCAAAUGCAACGAAAUGAUAGUGAAUGGACGAGAUCAUCUUUGGGGCAUCUUCAGAACGGGGUUGUUGGUGAAACAGACAGUAAAGGAGUGUUUGACCACCAGGCUGGAGUCGGAAGUGGAGCUGUGGGACUGUCGGCUAAUCGUGGAGGAGUCUCUGAUGGUGUCAGUGAUGUGACAAGUCUUUCUUACUGGCAAUCGCAUCAGCAUUCGCAACAAGAACAAUCACAGAAGGAAAUUAUGUGGACAGGAGCAUAUAAUACUGGCUCCCAUGCUGUUCAACAUGGCUUCACUGGUAGUCAACAAAAGCAUGAUGGUGCCAGUAAUGUAGCAGGUCCUUCCUACUGGCAAUCGUAUCAGCAACCACAACACCCACAGAAAGACAGUGAAGGUACCGGAGCGUCAGCCACCAGCUCCCACCUCGAUCAACCUGCUGUCUCUGGUAGCUAUGGACAGCUUGUAGGUAGCGAUCAUAGUACUAAGAAUGACUCGACUUUGCAGUCACAUUAUCAUGCCAGCCUCAAGUAUCAUGAAAAUCAAGCUUUAGCAAGGAACAGUCAAGUAAGAUUAUCAGAUUCUGGAAAUAGAUCAAUGGAUGAGCACCAGGUGAGAAGCAUGUCAUUUUGUCACACGCCGACAGACAACGAAUCGGCGUUAAGAUUUGAGAUUGAUGCAUUGAAAAGUGAAAAUAAAGGUUUAAAAGCCAAGAUUGUAGCGCUGGAGGAAAAUAUUGAUCUUCACAAGCAGUACAAAGAGGAAGCUAAGGCCGAAAUGGAAAGACUCUUGAAAGCAAACCAGGACAAAGAUCUCAGGGUAAAGACCCUUACCAGUCAAGUUGAAGAGACCGAGAAAUUAAAGACUGAAAAAGAGGAUGAUAGAAAGCGACUUCACACUGACCAGACAAGCUUCUCUGCUCAUGCAGGCGGGGGCAGAAGGCUCCAAAACACCGAUCGGCACUUGGAAGAAAAACUACGGACGCUAGAAGUUCGUGCAGCCAAAGCAGAAAAGACCUCAACAGACUACGACACCAAGACUCGGCUCACUACAGAACGAAGUAGAGAACAGAGAAGACACGAUUCCAAUGGACAUCAAGUUGACAUUCGAGGCCAACGGAGUGUAUCGAGCUCGAGACAAAAGGAGGGUAAAUCGCAUUAUGAAUUAAAGCCAAGAUAUGAUGACACCCAGGAUUCUUCAUACAAGACAAAAUAUGAAGCAACAUUGCGAGAGAAGAACAGACUUAUUCAAGUCACCAAAGAACUGGAACUGAAGAUUAAAACCUUGAAGGAAAAACAAGCUGAACUACUUCAAACUUCGUAUCAAGAGAAUUCCUUAGAAAAACGUGACGAAACUGAACGACUCAAGCGACUGGUGUCUGAGAAUUCCUCUCUGAGAGAGAGAACUUCAGAAUUGCAAAAUCAACUGGAGCGGCUGUUGGAAAAACUCAAAAAUGAGAAAGAAAAGGCUACCAGUCUUGAGACAAAAAUAUCCACCCGCAAGACUGACAGUCUUCACAACAUUAAGGGCUUAGAAGAAAGGCUCUUGCAUACUGGCCGAGAGCUGUCUAGCUCUCGUGGAGAGCUGGAUCCUGAUGCACUUAAGAGAAUCGAGAGAGAAAUCGUCGCCAUUGGUCAGAUCAUCAGGACUCAAUUUGAAGAAGGCAGUAGAGAGGAUUUGUCUCACACAUCAGUGGCUAAGGACUCGGCCCGGAUCGCUCACCUAGAGGUGGAGAAAAAGGAGUUAGAGACUAAGCUUUCUCUAGCCAGAGAAGCUAUGCAUGAAUACGUUGCACGUUUAAAUGAGAAGAUGCAGGACGUGGAAAGUAUGGCAGGAAUGUCAGGGGAAAUGAUUCAGGAAUUACAUACGAGAAAUAACAACCUAGAGAAGAGUCUGCAAGAUUUGGAAGAUGAACAGAAAACAUCCCAUUUACAGAACGAGCAACUGCGCCAUCAGAAGUCAGUUCUUCAGAAUCUAAUUGGAGAUUUGUGCAGCCAUGAUGAGCUAACUGCUACGUCGUAUAACUCAUCACCUAGAUACUACGAUUCCGAACACAAAGGCAGAAGCUACGAUGAUAAGGAGUCUGGUGAGGCUUCAUACAGCGCAUCCCCAAACUACCUCGACUCCACCUACAAAAGCAAAUAUGCUACUGCACACGACAAAGGGAGAUUAGAUAGUACACCAUAUAACACGUCAUCAAAAUUCACAGGUUUCAAGUCUGAUGAUAAAGGUGACGGAAAUCACGAUAAUCGAUACAAAGUUUCUGACUCGAGCCUGGAAGAUAGGUACGUAACCAAAGGUUUUAAAGAGAUCUACGAUGGUGAAAAGUCCAGCGGAAGGGCUAAAGGGCAAAACUAUCCGUGCGUUUUUAAGGAUUGCCCCAGCAAUUAUUCAGGUUUUUGAGAGAAAAAAAGGAUUUCGAUGGAUUUCAGCGUAGCUUUUGAUAAACUUCUUCAUGUGACGCGAUAUUGCAAUUCUAAAGGUCUACGAAAUCUGCUAUUUCUACCGUGGAAUUUUGACAGAUCGCUGUCAGUUGGCUCAAAAGUCCAUUCAGUGAUAGAAUUAAUUAUGUAGCAUGUUCAGUCUCCUUAUGAUGGGUAUUUUCCAUCUCUCUGAACAAAAAUAAACUUUUUUAAGCUUUAAGUUGAGUUUAAAAUCCGGGUUUCUUCUUUUUCAGUCACAGGUCACCGUUAAAGCCCUAAAGCGCAUGCGUAAAUGAGGUCUUUGUCUACCGGUAGGCGUCAAAAACUAUUCUGAGAAAUGUGACAGCAGUUUUGACCCGCCUUUUAAAUUUUCAUUUGAAAUGAUUUUAUGAAAACUUUGUCAAGAUUUUACCAGCGUCUGGGCACACGCAAAUUGGCAAAAGCGUUGACACCCAAAAAGCAUGAUUCAUGUGCGUUGGGAUCCGACAGCUUUUAAGGAAAAUGUUUGUGCAGAUACAAAAUCAGUGAGUCACUUUCCUCACUGUUCAUGAAAAACCUUCGUUAUGAUAAUCCUUUUAUUCCAGAAAGGCGCGGAAAGCUUCCAUCAUUCACCAACGUAUUUAUGGUGGUUAUCAUUUACAUGUAUACCAAGAGAGUCUCACAAAGUGUCAACGUUUUUGCAAACGAGUGAAUAGAAAAAUAUUUAUCAUCUUCAAGUUAAGGAAUAAAUGGUGGUAUCUGAUCUACCAGUUUUAAUGAGUUCCAGCGGCUGUUUUAAAGGUUACUUUACAUCUUCGUACGUCAUCUUUUGUUACAGACACCUCGAGGGAUUUCUUUUCUCCGAAGUUGUCAUUGUAUUAAUGGUAAUAUAAAUAGCCUUUCUGCCCUGUGUAUUAUUAAUUAGUUCUUUUUUAUUAAUUCCUUCCCAAAAAUGUCAGCUUAAGAACUACGAUGUGUUGGAAAAACCGAGGAAUGAGUCUCCGUGUUGCUAGUUUGUUGAUCAAUUUAACACUUACGUGUUUUCUUCGCAGUAUUGAUGAUAUAUAGAGAGCUUCAGUUGAAAAAGAAAACCACAAAAUGGCUAUUAUUAUUAAUUUAUUCAGGGCGCUUCGGAUGAAAAUAAUUAAUAUUGGCCACUAACCCACAUUUCUUAUACAAAUACUCGUUUUGUUUCGUUUUGCUUUGAGAAUAUUGGUUCGAGGGAGUAGGGUCUGGUAUACAGUUGCAGUUGAUACCUUAUUAAGUAUUUUAUUAUCCUUUGUAAGAAUAAAGCCAAGUCUCUUAC